AUGAGAUUUUUCUGGAUAUUCGGAUUGAUUUGCUGCGUCUUGGCUAAUGGGCUGACAACAAUAGCAGAUUUGGAUCGGAUGAAACAUGAUUUGUCAAGGUUUUUGUCGAUUUCAAGAUAUAACGAAACAGAGAAAUCUGUGGCAAGAGCUGCAAUAAAAAGAGCACUUGAAGCAGUUGGCCUGGCUUCCAUGACCCAUACUUUUAUUCACGAGGAAUCUAACGAAAUCGGUGCCAAUGUGAUUGCUGUUCAAAAGGGCCCAUAUUUUGGGACCGGAAAUGACAAAAUGAUGGUUUUAUCAGCAAAUUAUGAUACGCUAGAAGGCAAUCAAGGAGUGGAUGACAAUGGAUCUGGUGUGGCUGCUGUCCUGGAAGCAGCUAGGGUGCUCUCCACUUUGGAUAACUUGUAUUCCAGACAGAAUACCAUUGUCUAUGUCUUUUUCGAUAUGAAACAUAAGGCCCUCGCUGGUUCCCACGCCUUCGUGGAAGACGUUCUUCUCCCACUGAUGGAACGAACCAAUACUAAAGUCAUUGGAAGUGUCAUUGCCGAUGGCCUUCUUCAUUUCGACCCCUUCCCAGCUUCCCAGGCAAUGCCACCAGAGUUUGAAUCUUUCUUCCCAGAAGCCGCUCAAUCGCUCCAUGAGCAUUCUCAUAUGGGAGACUUUAUCCAGGUGUCUUCUAGAAGUGAUAUUGAUGAUUAUUUGAUACACUCGCGCUUACGAUCGUUCAUGUCAGAUGCUCUCGUCCGAUUGGGAAUUCCAUCCAUGGUCCUUGAAUCUUCAGAUGAACAUUGGGAACAUUACGACUUUAGACCGAGCGAUAUAAUUUUGCUAGGUUUAAUUCUGAAAAAUCAAAAAGAUGAAUUUUAA